AUGCUUGACUACCUGUCCCUUAUCUUUGUCGUUGCCGUCAAAGUUUUCAAGAAAACCACUCCCAAUGGAAAAGUUACGGUUUACCUUGGCAAGCGUGACUUCAUUGAUCACAUCGACUACUGCGACCCAAUCGAUGGCGUUGUAGUCGUUGACACCGACUACCUGAAAGGAAGGAAAGUUUACAGCCAGCUCGUGACCACUUACCGCUAUGGUAGGGAGGAAGAUGAGGUUAUGGGAGUCAAAUUCUCCAAGGAAAUGGUUAUCGGAACGGAACAAGUCGUUCCCUUGGUCAACUCCAAAAUGGAACUUACACCUGUCCAGGAGAAGCUUCUGAAGAAAUUGGGUCCCAAUGCCUUCCCAUUCACAUUCAACUUCCCAGAGAUGUCUCCUAGCUCGGUAACUCUACAAGCAAACGACGAGGACCAGGGCAAACCCAUGGGUGUUGAAUACUGCGUGCGUACCUACGUUGCUGAGAGCGAAGACCAGAAGAGCCACAAGAGGAGCUCAGUUACUCUCGCCAUCAAGAAGCUGCAACAUGCUCCCGCCUCCCGUGGACGACGUCUUCCAAGCUCUCUCGUGAGCAAGGGCUUCACUUUCAGCAAUGGAAAGAUAAGCCUCGAAGUAACACUCGACAAAGAAAUCUACUACCACGGCGAGAAGAUCUGCGCGAACAUCAUUGUAUCCAACAACUCCAGGAAGUCUGUCCGCAACAUCCGCUGCAUGGUUGUGCAACAUGUUGAAAUCACCAUGAUCAACUCUCAAUUUAGCCGCCACGUUGCGUCUCUGGAAAGCCGCGAAGGUUGCCCAGUCACCCCUGGAGCAAGCCUUUCCAAGAGCUUUUACCUGGUACCCCUUGCUCGUAGCAACAAGGACAUCCGCGGUGUGGCUCUGGAUGGACACCUGAAGGAAGAUGACGUGAACCUUGCUAGCUCUACCCUGGUCACCGAAGGAAAAUGCCCAGCUGAUGCCAUUGGUAUUGUGGUCUCUUACUCUGUACGUGUCAAGCUGAACUGCGGUACUCUUGGAGGCGAGCUCGUUACCGAUGUGCCUUUCAAGCUUCUUCACCCAGCCGAGGGCUCCGUUGAACGCCAGCGAUUCAACGCCAUGAAGAAGAUGCAAUCCAUUGAACGUCACCGCUAUGAGAACUCUCUGUACACCAACGAGGAGGAGGACAACAUCGUAUUCGAAGACUUCGCUCGCCUCAGGAUGAACGAACCAGAAUAA